AUGUCCUUCAGUAGUUCAUUCAGCAUGAUGGCUGCGGAUGCUGCGGAUGCUCUCUGCUGCAUCCUGCAUCCGCGCCGGCUCUCUCUCCUCUUUCUCACCGUCACCCUCUCCUCUCUGCCGCCCCCGACAGCAGCGCUGCUCGGCGUCCGGCCAGAGGACACCCAGAGCGGAGAGCUGUCCGUGCAGGAUGGGGUAUUAAGGGCGACCGAGGGGACCCGCUUCAUGCUGAGGGUUUACUACUCCGCAUCUCCGGCUACGGAGCAUCCCAACAGCCUGAACAUGACCGGAAGACCUGACGCCGCUCCGUGGAUCGCGUUUAUAGAGGAGCAAGGUGGGGACAGCGCGGACGCGGAGAAGCGGCUCCGGUCCAGAGGGAACCCGUGUGAAGAGGAGAAUGCCCGGAGCUCAGAUAUCGAGCUGCUGGGCUCCUUCAGAUCCACCUCAAGUCACAACUCAGUUUUGGUGGAGCUGCUCGCAAAAGACCUGCGCAGAGGCGAGAUGAUCAAAUACUACUCCAUGUGCGCGUUCGAUGGAGUGAAAUGGGAGCAUUUCAGCACCAAAGACUUCUGGUUGGCUGUGGUGGAAAGACCCCCAGAGGCAGAUGUUUGGCUCCAGGCGGGUGUCUCGGUGCUCCUGUUGGGGCUGUCUGCGCUCUGCAGCGGUCUCAACAUCAGCAUGCUGGCUCUUGACCCCGUCGAGCUGCGGGUCCUGCAGAACAGUGGCACAGAGAAGGAGCAGAAAUACGCACGGAAAAUAGAGUCAGUGCGUAAACAUGGAAACUACAUCCUUUGCACCGUGGUGCUGGGCAACGUGCUAACAAACACAUGCUUUGUGGUGUGGAUGUGCCAGAUAUUAGGAAUGACUGCUCUCUCAACUGCCUUUUGUACUUUGGGGAUUUUCUUUAUUGGCGAGAUUUUACCUCACUCCGUGGCGUCCAGGCACAGUCUCGCCAUCGCCUCCAAGACCCUCUGCGCGACGCGCCUGCUGAUGUUGGUGUUUUUCCCCAUCGCCUACCCAGUCUCCAAGAUUCUGGACAUCAUGCUGCACCAGGAGAUCAGCAACUUUUAUACCAGGGAGAAGUUGGUAGCCAUGCUGCGCGUGACUGACCCUUACCACGACCUGGUCAAAGAAGAGCUCAACAUCAUCCAGGGAGCCCUGGAGCUGAGGACCAAGACCGUAGAGGACGUGCUGACGCCGCUGUCAGACUGUUACAUGCUGUCGUCGGACGCCGUGCUGGACUUCUGCACCAUGUCUGACGUGAUGCAAAGCGGUUUCACCCGCAUCCCGGUCUACGAGAACGAGAGGUCCAACAUCGUGGACAUCCUGUUUGUGAAAGACUUGGCCUUCGUGGAUCCUGACGAUUGCACUCCUCUGAAAACAAUCACUCAGUUUUACAAGCACCCCAUGCACUGCGUGUUCAAUGACACCAAGCUGGACGUGAUGCUGGAGGAAUUUAAGAGAGGUAAAUCCCACCUGGCUGUGGUGCAGAGGGUGAACAGUGAGGGGGAGGGAGACCCCUUCUAUGAAGUGAUGGGCAUCGUCACCCUGGAGGACGUCAUAGAAGAGAUCAUCAAGUCUGAGAUUGUGGAUGAGACAGACCUAUAUACUGAUAAUCGGACCAAAAGGCGAGUAUCCAACCAUGAGAGGAAGCAGCAGGAUUUUUCUAUCUUCAAACUGGCAGAAAAUGAGCUGAAGGUGAAGAUCUCGCCCCAGCUGUUGCUUGCAACACACCGCUUCUUGGCUACAGAGGUAGAGCCUUUUAGGCCAUGUCACCUGUCAGAGAAGAUCUUGCUGCGUCUCAUUAAACAUCCCAGCGUUGUGCAGGAACUCAAGUUCAACCCCAAGAACAAACACGCUCCUCAACACUACCUCUUCCAGAGAAACAAACCUGUCGACUACUUCAUCCUCAUCUUGCAGGGACGGGUGGAGGUAGAGAUAGGAAAGGAGGCACUCCGCUUUGAAAAUGGGGCAUUUUCUUAUUAUGGCAUGCCAGCACUCAUCCCACCCCUGCCAAUUGGUCACAGGUACAGUUCCAGAGGCAGUGGUCUGAACCAAUCAGAUUCAUUACUGAGUGGAGGCAGUGUGGGUCAGCUCGCUACAGGAGGAGGGAUCUACUUGCCAGACUACUCAGUUCGACAGCUCACAGACCUACAGAUCAUUAAGAUCACUAGGAACCAUUACCAGAACGCCCUGACGGCCACCAGGAUGGACAGCUCCCCUCAGACACCAGACCCAGUGGAUCCUGACGCCAAAGGGAGGCCUCCGGUCCCAGAGGCUCGCUCACACAGCAUCGCCCUGCCCCUCACACACACGCACACUCGGCUGGGACUGGCACGCCUUGCACAUCUCCAUCCCCACGGUGGCCUUCGCAACACCUCCCAGCUCAAUGAAAGAAAUCGUAUCGUUCGCAGUAAAUCUGAUGGGCAGAGGAGUCCAAAUGAUACUGUGUUCCUCCGCAUGGAUGAGAUUCCCUACAUCCACGAGGACCGACCUGAAAAUUAUGGAGAGAAUGAUGUGCCUACAGAGUCCCAGCCGUCCACCUCUCCCUUCAUCAGCUCUCUGUCUCUGUCCAGCUCCGAGGAGAACAUUGGAAAGAAGCUAUUGCGUAAAUUGAGUAACAAGAGGAGGAAAAAGUCUCGGGAUGGAGAAAAGAGUUUGGAGGAAGGCUCAGAGCAACCACCAGUGACGAGCUAG